AGGGGCGGGUGGGACUCCGGGCUGCGGCCCGGCCCGGAGCGGGUGCUGCUCUUUGACAAUCAGCGCGGAGCCCGGGCCUUGGUAGCUGCUCCCACCCCACCAUGGACGAGGUCACCUUCAAAAGUGACACUGUGCUCUCCGACGUCCACCUCUACACCCCCAACCAGAGACACCUCAUGGUGCGGCUGAACAGCAUGGGGCAGCCCGUUUUUCUGUCCCAGUUCAAGCUUUUGUGGAACCAGGACUCUCAGACAGACUCGGGGACCAUGGGAGGUGAUCAUAGAGAUGUCCCCAUAGAGGAGACUCCGGCUAGGACAGGCAGCACCGGGUCCCCUCCUGGGCAUGGCCACAGCGGUGCAGGUUUCCCCCUCCAGGCCGGUGUCCACGCCGCUGGACAGGAAGGGACGGGAGCUCAGCUGGACGAGGAUGGGGAUUUGGAUGUUGUGAGAAGACCACGAGCUGCCUCUGACCCCGACCCUGUAUGGCCUCCGAGAGACAAGGUACACCCCAUGAUUCUAGCGCAGGAAGAAGAGGACGUCCUGGGAGACAAAGCACAGGAGAGCAGCACCCACAAUAUCAUCAAAAUAGAACACACCAUGGCCACGCCCCUGGAGGAUGUUGGCAAGCAGGUGUGGCGGGGUGCCCUGUUCCUGGCUGACUAUAUCCUGUUCCAACGGGACCUCUUCCAGGGACGCACCGUGCUGGAGCUCGGGGCGGGCACGGGGUUCACCAGCAUCAUUGCAGCCACCGCGGCGCAGACUGUGUAUUGUACAGAUGUCGGUGCAGACCUCUUGGCCACGUGCCAACGAAACAUUGCCCUCAACAGCCACCUGACUGCCCCUGGAGGCGGUGGAGUUAAGGUCAGAGAACUGGACUGGCUGAAAGACGACCUCUGCACUGACCCUGAAGUCCCCUUCAGCUGGUCGGAAGAGGACAUCUCCGACCUGUACGACCACACCACCAUACUGCUCGCGGCCGAAGUGUUCUACGACGAUGACCUAACUGAUGCUCUGUUUAAAACACUCUUCCGAUUCGCUCACAGAUUGAAAAACGCCUGCACAGCCAUUCUCUCUGUGGAGAAGAGUCAGCAUCUACUGUAUGGCCCGCACACUCCAUGUAAUCCACACACCAGCCCACCUGUGUGUAGGCACUGCCGUCCCAUUUCUCAGGUGAGGAGAGGAAGUCCGAGCGGCAUCAGGGAACCUUCCUGGCCACAGCUGGUCAGUGUGUGGUCAAGGGCUUGAACGUAGGUUGUGCACCAGAGCCGAGGCGCAUGGCCACCGCUCUGUCGAGGCCUUUGCUCUUUCUGCGCGUUCCCUCCGGUCCUCUCUGUCUCCUCGGUCCCCAGGCCUCUGUCCUCUCCCUGAUGCAGACGCAGCCCUCCAGGACGUUCCACUGGAAUGGCCUGAACCACUCGGACUCCUGCUGACGUAGCAUCCAUCUCGUGACAGGCCAGGGCUAGACACUCUGCACAGCUCUCUGAGCCCUACCAUAGGCCACAGCUUUCCUGAAGGCAGUUCGGAACAUGUAUCAAAAGCCACCACACCGAACGUAAUCACUCACUCAGCAAUUCAGCACCUAGAAACUCAGUCUGUAGACGUGAUCACAGCUCUGUACAAAGCCAUCCACAUGGCAAGUUUGCUGUUUACACCGAUAGUGUCUAGGACCUCCUUCAAGGCCCACAUGACCAAGGGCAGCGCAUGACCACUGACCCCCACCUGAAUUCUGAUUGGAGGCCAUAAAGGGAAAAAUCGAGACAGUCAGGAAAAGUUGAAUACUGACUGGCUACUUGAUGAUAACAAAUUAUCAUUGAUCCUGGCCGGUUUGGAUGGAGCAUCGGCCUGUGGACUGAGGGGUCCCGAGUUCGAUUCCGGCCAGGG